GAUGAGACCCCGUACCACCCCCACCACCCCUGUCCGCAGAUGCUAUGCAUACAAUACGCAGCAUUCAUGCAUAAUCUGCCGUGUCUCCUCGUGGAAUUCAUACCGCGCCAUGACAUUGGUGCUGCUUUUUGCUAAACCCCUGCUCAACUCCUGGACAACUAUAGCAUUUCGCCGUAAGGUAUUCGGAACUUGCCUCGAAAGUGUUACCUGGACACCAUAUCCGGCGAUCUCGAGAUCGGGAUUCUACCAAGAUGGCAGAGAUCCACAUUGACCAAGCGACCCUAGACUCGGUUCAUGGCAAAGUCGUCGUUUUAGCAGGUGGUGCACAAGGCAUAGGCGCAGCAACAGUAACACAGCUCUUCGAGUCAGGAGCACAUGUCUUCUUCGGCGACUGGGACGAGAAACAAGGCUCGAAGCUCGCUGAAUCGUUACACUCAUCAUCCACCUCACAAGGAAGCGUGACGUACAUGAAAGUCAAUGUUCGAGAAUAUCAAUCUCAAUUAUCACUCUUCGACGCUGCGUACAACAAGCACGGCCAAGUCGACCUUGCGAUCUCUUGUGCCGCCGUGACUGAGCGACAGGGAUUUUGGGAGCCACAUAAACUAAACCUGCAGAGUGUCAGAGAGACCCCAACUGGUAUCACCGAUGUCGUCGACAUCAACCUCAACGGCACGCUAUACUUCGCCCGCAUCGCCAUUGCGUACAUGAAAGAGAACCACACUUUCGACAAGGAAUCCACCACAGCCGAAUCCAUCACAUCGCCCAAGUGCAUCACUCUCGUCUCCUCAGUCGCAGGUUUCAAGGAAUCGCCAGGUCUAUUCGCCUACUCGGCCGCUAAGCACGGCGUUUUAGGGUUGAUGAGAGCUUUGCGUCCGUUUGCUGCCCCUCUGUACGGCAUCAGAAUCAACGCGAUAUGUCCCUGGGCAACUGAUACUCAACUCCUAUCCGGCGUCCGCGCAGAGUGGACCAAGAAUGACAUGCCAAUGAACAAGCCAAUUGAUGUCGCCCGGUAUAUCAUACAGGUCAGUGCUGAUCCGCAAGCGCAUGGUAAAGCGCUCUUUGUGACUGGCGGCAACGCCGUGGAUAUUGAGGAAGGAUUGAACCGGACAGAGCCGCAGUGGUUGGGAGAGAAGAACAGUCGGGAGCUUAAUCAAGGCCAGGUGAUAUUGGGAUUGGGAAUGGACUGGGGUGGCUGAUGUGGCUGCGUUGUUCGUAAUAGCCUAUCGACUAGCAAUGGACAGGCAAGAUCGGAUCGCCGUUUCGUCUUGGGAAGCAGGUCCUAUUGUUGUCGCGUGGGCAAACCCUGCCGCCGGCGGUACUUGCCAUCUGGUAUUACAAAAAGUCCCUGUGUGAACCCCUUUUUUGACACCCCACGUAGUGGUGUUGAAGUAUGAUUGCAUCCCGUACAUGUG